AUGGAGCUGGGCAAGAUCGGCGAGGAGUACCGGCAGCUGCACAGCAGGAAUUCAAAAAAAGAAGCUGAUUUAAACACGACACAGGCUCGUGUGAGGGACCUUGAUGCUCAGCUAAAUGUGAAGGAAGCUGACUUGGCAACAGCUGUGAAUGAGAACAGAAGUUUGGAGAAUGAACUUCGUGAAGUAAAGGAUCAAGUAGUCACUCUGGAGACGUCACUUGAAGAUUCCAAAAAGCAUCUCCACAGUGAAAUGUUGAGGAGAGUGGACCUGGAAAAUCAUGUGAAAACUUUGCAGGAAGAAAUGUUGUUCCAGAAAAAUUUAUUCUCCUAGGAGCUCAAGGAGGCAAAAAGAGUCCAUGACAGCAUGGUAACAGAGGCAGUAUCUAACCGUCAGAGAGAAUUUGAGAGUAAGCUCUCAAAUGCUCUGAGAUGUCUCAGAAAACAACAAGAAGAACAAGUUCAAGGAUACAAAGAGGAGCUGGAACGAACAUUCAAUGCAAAAAUGGAGAAUGCCCAGCAAAUUGCAGCAAGAAAUAGUGACUUUGCCAAAGCUGCUCAGGAGGAGCUGAUGGAAACAAUGCUGAGAGUUGAUUCUCUGACAUCUCAAGUUAGUCAAUAUCAAAGCCAGAAUGUUGCUUUGGAGAGCAAAAUAAGGGAACUGCAGGGGACACUGGAUUAUGACCGUGAUUUCUAUCGACGACAUAUGGCUGAAAAAGAGAGAGAACUGGCACAAGCCCAGCAGCAGGCACAAGAACAGCUGCAAGAAUAUGAGAAUCUCUUAGAUGUGAAACUGGCUCUAGAUCUGGAAAUAAAUGCCUACAGGAAGAUGCUGGAAGGAGAAGAACAGAGGCUAAACCUGUCAUCCAGUCCACCUUCACACAGCACAGCAACCCAAGCAACAAGUCAAGGGCGACGGUUCCUGCAGGGGAAGAAAAGGAAAAUGAAAGAAGCCAAAAAGAGAGGGCAUAGUGCUGGAUUUAAGACUGUUCAGCAUGCUUCAUCUUCUGGAAAUGUAUCUAUCGAAGAAAUUGAUGAAGAUGGAAAAUUUGUCAGGCUUAAAAACAACUCUGAUGAGGAUCAGUCACUACAUGGCUGGGUGUUAAGAAGACAUCUUGGAAGUGUGUCAGAUGUAACAUACAAAUUUCCUGCACAGUUCACUCUUCAGGCGGGCCAAGUAGUUACAAUCUGGGGUGCAGCUGCUGGUGUAAGUCCAGGUCCUAGUGACCUGGUCUGGAAGUCUCAGAAAUCCUGGGGAGCUGGCUAUAAUAUUGAUGUUACACUCAUCUCAGAGCAUGGUGAGGAACUUGCAGAGAGGAAGAUGAUGCAAGUACCCAGAGGAGAAGACAAUGGUGAACAAGAUGAUGAUUAUGAAGAAAUAACUGGAAGUGAACUAGAGUUUCCAUCUCGGCACCUGGAAAUGGACCAGUUUCAGUACUAUCUGUUUCUAGACUUGGACAGAUGA